CUUCUUCAUUGCCCAAUAUAUAAAUACAACAAGUAACAGGGACCAAAUGUAAAUUAUCGAAAGAUGGUGACCACUCUUCCAUAAAACCUAGCUGUGACAGUUUAUAUCCCGCCCUUGCUUUCAUAACCCUUGCAGCUUUCCUCUUCAAUUCAUAAAAUGGCAGAUGAAAGCUAUCUGGAACAUGACAUUGGUAAUGUGUAUGAUGCUGACAAUGUGCAUGGCACAGCGGAUGCACAUACCAUGGAGAAUAUCCAGGAAAUGAACAAUGCACAUGAGAACUUGCCUGUAGAAGAGGCAAACUUGGAACCAGAAGAGGUACAAGUUGCAUUCUCUCAGGAACAUCCAGCAAAAUUGGAACAAGAGGAGGCACAAGUUGAGUCCCUUCCUGGGGAUACGAUAAAAUCCGAACCAGAAGAGGUAAAAGUUGCUGAAAACGGUUCAGGAGGUGGUGAGGAAAAAAGAUGGCCUGGUUGGCCUGGAGAAAACGUCUUCAGAAUGUUAGUUCCUUCUCAGAAGGUUGGUGGUAUCAUUGGCCGCAAAGGAGAGUAUAUAAAGAAAACCUGCGAAGAAACAAAAGCUCGUAUUAAGGUUCUUGAUGGUCCUCCUGGUACUACAGAAAGAGCUGUGAUGGUAUCUGCGAAGGAAGAGCCUAGCCUCACCAUUCCGCCUGCUAUGGAUGGCCUUUUAAAGGUCCAUAAGCGGAUUAUUGAUGUGGAUCGUGACUCUACCAAUGCUCCUUCUGGUGGUGGGAAACCAGCUUCUACUAGACUACUUGUGGCUGCUACACAGGCUGCAAUCCUGAUUGGAAAACAGGGUGCAACUGUUAAGUCUAUUCAAGAUGAAUCUCGUUGCACUAUUCGAGUCCUUGGAGGAGAGCAUCUCCCUGUUUUUGCUCUGCCUGAUGAUAGUAUUGUUGAGAUACAAGGGGAGCCAGCAGGCGUGCAUAAAGCAGUCGAAAUGAUUGCAGGUCAUCUAAGGAAAUUUUUAGUUGAUCGCAGUGUAGUUGGAGUAUUUGAGAAACUAAUGCAAAUGCCAAAUGCACAUGCACACCAGAAUAUGCCCCCGCCUGGACCUACCCAACAUUGGGGUCCACCAUCCAGUUUUCCCAUGAGCGGUGGGGGGCCUGGAUAUGGAGCCAGCCACCAGUAUAUGCCACCUCCUCGUCAAUUUGACAAUUAUUAUCCACGAGUAGACAUGCAUCAAGAUAAGCAGCCUCAUCAGGGCCCGCCUGUUUAUGGCAGAGAUGCUCCAGUUGGAGCUCAUGUAAAUGCACAGCCACAACAAUCCAUAGUUUCAAAGGUCACGCAAAACAUACAAAUUCCCUUGUCAUAUGCCGAUGCUGUUAUUGGGGCGUCUGGUUCCAAUAUUAGUUAUAUUCGCCGGGCUAGUGGUGCAACUAUUGCAGUACAGGAAACGAGGGGUGUCCCUGGCGAGAUGACUGUUGAGAUAAAUGGGUCUGCAUCCCAAGUCCAAACAGCACAGCAGUUAAUUCAGAAUUCCAUGGCCGAUGCUACCAGCGCAAUGCAGAACACUGCUGCUGGACCACCUUCCCAAGGUUAUAAUCCCUAUGCUUCUCAGGGUCCUGCGUACUCUUCUAACACUGCCCCUGGUCAUGCGCCAGGUGCGGAUUAUGGUUCAGUUUAUGGAGGAAGCUACGGUUAUUAAAUGAUAUCCAGCUCAAACCAGUCACGCCUGCUAUCACAAGAACUAUGAGUUUUCAGCUGCUGGGGGAUUUUAGCUCUUUAGUUAGCUAUAUCAUGUUUUCUAGUAGUUGAUGAAAAGUGAAUUGCUAGUUGCGUUUUUGUAAUCUGUUUGUCCUGUUUAAUUUCAUGUCCUGCGUUCUCAACUUUGCCGUCACAUUUAUUUAUUUGACGGCAUACCCUUUGAUCAAUAUAUAACUAGUGAGAUUAAAAUUCAUAACUAA